AUGACUCCUAAGCAGCUUAUCAUUGCGGUCGUGCUCUGCACUUUCUUGGGCUUUGCGCAAGCGAAAAUCUACUCUUUACGGACCUCGGCUUCCAAUCCCAAAGAUGCUUGGUACCGAUCUUGCAGUGUCGUCGGAGGGUUCGGCGACCUAAGCCAGACCGAAAUCGGCUUCACGGGCUAUUGUCUGGGAUUGAAUGGCGAGGAUCUCGGUCAGUCUACCGUCGAUAAUUUGAAUGCGCAGGCUCCCAGCUCCUGGAUCAUCUUCGGCACGGGCCCGGCGUGA